GCCCGGAUGGAAAAAGGAAGCUGGGAGUGGGUCGGUGCAGCAGCAGCAGCAGCAGCAGCAGCAGCAGCAGCGGGAGAACGUGGAGGGAUGUUUUCCAACCGGGUGCUAUGAUUCUCCCUCUGCGGGGGGUGUGAGCCUUUGCUGCUUUUGUGCACCUCUCUGGGACACAUGGCCUUGAACAGGAGGAGUGAAGUGUUCCAGAAGAAAGUCCUGGAAAAACUCUUCCCUGCUCCUGAUGUAGUUUCUUCAAGCGUAGAAAGCACUGCUGUUUUGAAAGGUGCAGUUGCAACUCAGGAAGAGUCAACGAAUGUGGCAGCUUUGGAAAAAGAUUCCAGGGUCCAAGACAAGACAAGUGUGAUUCUACCUUCAAAAAAAAUAUACACUGUGACUCUCCCUCCUGAAGGUUAUGGACCAGUUGCUACUAAUGAAAAUGGUGAAGGAUCUUCUGAAACCGGUGCUGAGGACAGUAAUACUGGGGUUCCAGAGGAGAAUGAUAAAGAGCAACAUCCAAGAAAGCGUCGGAGGAAAAAACGGAGGAACGUUUUUCAAACUCCUGCUGAUGGACAUGGAAGUCCAGCAAAACGUGGAGGGCUUGAACACCCGAUUGGAGAUCACGUGCAACUGCAACCCAGGGAUUCUCCAAACUUGACCCAAAACCAAAAGAGGAAAAUGAAAAAGAAGCGGCGAAAGGAAAAAAUGAGAGCAGCUGGCUUGCUAGGAAAACCCGUUGCUACCGAUUUCACAUAUAUGCCCGAAGAAAAGAAAGAAAGAGAGCUUGAAGUUGCAGAUAAAGUAGAUGACAUUCUGGAUUUUUUGCAAGCAACACAGGAAAUCUAUUUUUCUGGCAAGCUAUCAAACUCUGCAGAGUCAGCUGAGAGCUCCGGAAACAUCCAUGAGGUUUUAAAGAGCCUUGAAUCGGGCAUGUUGUCCUCAUCAGAUAUUGCACAUCUGCGUCAAAUGAAAUCAUUCAUCCUUCUGCAGAAUGUGGAGGAACUAAACAUUGCCCUGAAAGACUUCAGUACACAUUCAGAGAUGCCUCACGAUCAAGUCACUGCAGUCUCUUCUUUGUUUCGCUACUGGAUUACAGAUAUCCUUCCUGGAAAGGAGGACAGGAAAUGAGCCGAAUGAGAAUCUCCAUCUGUACAGAAUUAAGAUCUAAAAUUCUGGAUUAAAUCUGAGGAUAUUUGGGCAGAAAAAAUGUCCUUGAACCAGAAUACAGGUUCACAGUGACACUUAAUGUGGGUUUUUGCUUUUUGGGGGGGAUGGGGGCGCUUGGGUUUUGUUUAUUUUGGGGUUUUUUUGUGACUGGACGAAUCUGCAAGGGCCUUUCAUUUUUAGUGCAUCCAGAGAUUUCAGACAAUUGCUUCAGUGAAGUCCAUCUUACUUCGUUUUUCUUCCAAGAAAUUCAGAGUGGCCACAUUCAAAACCAGCAAGUUCCAGCAUUGAUUUAAGAUGUUGGCUUACAACAUGGACCGCAAGAGCUGUGACUUGAACUAAAGAAGUCUGAUGUUCUUUUUCUCAGUUUAAUUCACUUUGAACAAAGCUCAGAGUCUCUCUUGAUUGAUCGGUCCAUGGGCAAGCUGAGAAACUUUGGAGACCAAUUUACAGGCAGCAGAGAGGAAUACACUGCCUGGCGUGCCAAGAUAGGAGAACUGGAGCAGAUUGGCUUUCCCCAUCAUAUCUCUGUGUUUUUUUUAAGCUGUAGAAGCAGAAUAAAAGAUGAAUCUUU